UAUAGGCAUCCACAAAUUCUAAGGCUAUAAGAAAGUAAUGACAAUGCGAUUUCAUAACAUUAUGGCUGGCUGGCUACGGAUAGACUUUUCCUUCCUUGUAAUCGUCCGCCGUUUAAUUUGUGGCAACUAUUGUCUCAGUUACCCCAGAUUUUUGAAAAAAAUAUGGCGGCUGGAUUUUCUUUCUCAGCGCAGCCAAGCCUCUUUGGGGGAAAACCUGCAGGAAAUACAACUUCCACAGGGUCUGGGUUUGGAACUUCGUCAUUACAAUCCAAUAGCCUUUUUGGUGCAAAGACAACGACAACACCGCAAAUAAAUUUUGGAGGAUUCGGAUCAACAACAACACCACCUACCUCCCAGUCAAGUCUCUUUGGAGCUAAAAGUACUGCUUCAACAACAUCCUCGUUUGGAUCUGCUGGAUUUACUGGGCUUCAAAGUAAAACAACUAGUACAACUGGAUUUUCCUUUGGAACACCAGCGAUUGCUACCUCUGGAACGAGCCUGUUUGGAUCUCUCGCAAAAACAACAGCAUCGACAGGGUUUAGUUUGUUUGGUGCAAAAACAACAACAACAACAGCUCCCACACUUGGUUUAGGUGGAAAAACAACUUUUGGAUUCGGCUCUACUCCUGCAUCUGGAUUUCCUCUGACAUCGACCAGUAUAGCGACAUCCAAUGCGGCAAAACCAGUCGAGAAUCCAAAAGAGGAGAAACUUCCUGAAGAAAUAAGCACUUUAGUGACUGAAUUAGAGAAAUUCAUCAAAACGCAAAAAGAUGUCAAGGAGGAGAUCACGAAAAUAUCUUCGGAGGGAAUCACCAAAACAAAACAAGAUAUAGUUGGAUUGAAGCAGGGUUUAGCGUUAAUAGCGAACGGCUUACAGAGGGAUUCUAUGGCUGUGGAGAACCUAAAGCGAGAAGUGGGACAGGAAUUGAACAACGCUGAAGUUGCCCAUCGUAUUAAAGACGCUGCGGCGAGUUUACAACACGAUUUUAGUGCAUCUAUGGAGUACUUCUCUCGGUUGGUAUACUCCUUUGAAACGCGAAUGAAUUUCUAUCGGAAAGAAAUUGAAGAACUAGAAACAUUUUUAUCGACGUCAACACCUAGAACGGAUUUUACACCGCAGGAUCUCUCGAACGUUCUGAAGAGGGUAAACGAGUCAUUCGUCGGUUUAGCUUCAGAACUUCAUCAAGUACACGAAUCCGUUAAGGUUCUUAAAGAUCACUACAUGCAUUUUCGACGCAUUGCUUACAGCGACAUGACGGAUCCGUUUGCAGCUCGAAAGAAAUUACAAGACAAAGGUACAAGUAACUUGAUAGGACCGUCCCCGUUCCCAAUGGUGCAAGGAGCUACCAUCAUGUCAUCAACAUUUCAACCUGAAAAUAAAGCAACCACAAUUGGUUUAUCAAACCCUAUCGGAUUCGGUUCAGCCUUUUCGAAACCUGUUGCUUCUGGUCUGACGCGAAGUUUGUCAUUCGGUGGUACCGGAAAGUCCACUGGCUUUGGGUUGGGAUCUACCUUGAGCGCUGGUGGUUCGUUGUUCAACAAGACGUCAACAGGCACGACAGCUGGGUUGAACUUAGCAGUUCCCGCCAGUAAUACGUCAUCAUUUGUACUUCAAAAACCGCCCAGUGGAAAACGCGGAAAAUUUUAAGACUGAUUAAUUGUUAACAUCUGAUACUCAGAAAUGUAGAACGUAAUUUUUUUAAAGAACAUAUUUUUGCUGUUUA